UAAUAAAAAUUUGCCGAGUAAUCACGUUGAUAUUUACAGUCAGAAAUUCACAUUUAUUGCUCGUGAAAUUAAUUUAAAAGUAAAUUCGAACCAAAUUAAAACAAUCAAUAGACAAAAAUACAAAGAAAUUUGAUAAAAUAAAAUAGUUUUGCUAAAUAUUUAGUCUGUGAGAAAUUUAUAGCCUUAAAAUGCCGGUUUUAAUUGCACUUGUAUUGGUGAUUAUUUGUGUGAUUUUUUUUAUAUAUACAAGAUCAAAAAGUAAUAAUUCAACCAUCAUCGAAUCCUUAGGUUCAUCAGUCAAAUCUCUAGCCUUGGAUAAAGAACUUGCAAGCUUGGUUAAAGCACACGAAGCAGAUAAAAUUUUUGAAUGGAUUGCUAAACAUUUGGUGAAUUUGGAGAGUUUGAGUAUUCAAAGUUUUGAACUUAACGACGCCAGAGUCAUAGAAAAUUUUACUCCAAUUAUGAAACGUUUGAAAUCUUUAUCACUUUUCGAAAUUCCUACCGACGUUUUAUCGGCUAAAUGUUUUAAGAACACGCAACUUGAGGAGUUAAAAGUCACUAAUUGCAAAUAUGUAACCGAAAAUUUCUUUCUGCAUUUUAAUACAUUAAAAUCCUUAACGAUUUCAUCUUGUCGUAAAUUGACUUUCGAAAGCUAUGCUCACAUUUUGAAGACAAAUUUGGGACUAAAACAGCUUACCAUCGAAAUAGAUAUAGACUCAAUUCGUGUUGAAUACUUAAAGAUAACUUCUCUUGAGAGGAGCAAAGAUUUGGUAAAUUUCAUUGCGACGAAACUGCAAGAAAUUGAGGAUCUCACAAUGGAUUUUUGCUGUCCGAACGUUUACAUGUUUGGCGAUCUACCGAACUUGAAAAAGUUGAAAAUUAUUAGUAAUGAAUUACAAGAUAUCAACAAGUUGUUGGAAAAACUCAGCCAAAAGAACAUCGUUGAAGAGCUCGAAAUAUCCGGUGAGAAUCUUUGGGUUGAUAUAAAGUGUCUCCGCAAAAUGACCAAUAUAAAGAAAUUAACAUUGUUUGGUGACGGCGAAUUUGCAGAAUAUAUCCCUACUCUAAUAGAGCCCUUGAAUAAACUCAAAGAACUUAACAUCGAAUAUGCAUUUUUACAUUAUGAAUUACUCGACAGUUUGAUUCAAAUUUUGAAACGAGAAAUUGGAGAACGUCCCAAGCUUCAAGUUCAAGCUGGUAGGUUUUUAGGUGAAGAAUCUCUUCUUAAAAAAUUGUUGAAAGACAAUAAGGAUAUCAUUGAGGUUCGCUAUCGUUUAAGUUCAAGUUCAACCCUACAUCUAAAAGAUAGAUGUCUUAAGUUUUGUUUUUGUUAUAUUUAAAUUAAAUAUUUUUUUUUUUUCAAACAACUUGCUAAAUUUUGUUAACUAUUAAUUAUUACCUGAGUUUACAUUUAGUUUUCUUGUCCUAAUGCACAUUUUGAAUCAAUCUUCUAUUUUGAAAUUUGAUAUUUAUGAAUACAGUGAAUGUUGUAAUUUUUAUUUUG